AUGAGAAAUGUUGUUCGCCGCAAGUUGACCGGCUAUGUGGGCUUCGCCAACCUGCCAAACCAGUGGCACCGCAAGAGUGUCCGCAAGGGAUUCAAUUUUAAUGUUAUGGUUGUCGGCGAGUCUGGAUUGGGAAAGUCGACUUUAGUGAACACUUUGUUCAAUACCUCCCUAUACCCUCCCAGAGAGCGCAAGGGACCCAGUCUCGAUAUCAUCCCCAAAACUGUCUCCAUUCAAUCCAUUAGCGCCGAUAUUGAAGAGAACGGCGUUCGUCUACGGUUGACCGUUGUCGAUACACCAGGCUUUGGCGAUUUCGUUAACAACGAUGAUUCCUGGCGUCCAAUUGUCGAAAACAUCGAACAGCGAUUUGAUGCUUACCUCGACGCAGAAAAUAAGGUCAACCGUAUGAACAUCGUCGAUAACCGCGUCCACGCCUGCGUGUACUUUAUCCAACCCACCGGCCACUCAUUGAAGCCCCUUGACAUCGAGGUCAUGCGCCGCCUACACACCAAGGUCAACUUGAUUCCAGUCAUCGCCAAGGCGGAUACCUUGACUGAUGAAGAAGUUGCUCUUUUCAAGCAGAGAAUUCUUGCCGAUAUCCACCAUCACAACAUCCAGAUCUUCGAAGGCCCCCGUUAUGAACUCGAUGACGAAGAAACCCUUGCUGAGAACCAGGAGAUCAUGUCCAAGGUCCCUUUCGCUGUCGUCGGCGCAAACACAGAAGUCACUACCUCCAAUGGCCACAAGGUGAGAGGCCGCCGCUACCCAUGGGGUAUCAUCGAAGUAGACAACGAGGAGCACUGCGACUUUGUGAAACUGCGACAAAUGCUUAUCCGCACCCACAUGGAAGAGCUCAAGGAGCACACCAACAAUGUCUUGUACGAGAACUACCGAUCCGACAAACUCACAGCUAUGGGUGUGACACAAGACCCCAGCGUGUUCAAGGAGGUCAAUCCCGCUGUGAAACAGGAAGAGGAACGCGCUCUUCACGAACAGAAGCUUGCCAAGAUGGAGGCAGAAAUGAAGAUGGUGUUCCAACAGAAAGUGCAAGAAAAGGAGAGCAAAUUAAAACAGAGCGAGGACGAAUUAUAUGCUCGGCAUCGCGAAAUGAAAGAACAACUGGACCGGCAGCGUCUCGAGUUGGAAGACAAGAAGACCCGCCUCGAAAGUGGACGACCGCUCGAAGACAAGAUAAAGCGAAAAGGGUUUUCACUUCGAAAUUAG